AAAUCAAAUCGCGACCUUUGAAAGCAAAACACUGCAGAAUCUUGGCAGCUCUGAAUUGGGAAGGGAUGAAGGAGGCUGUGCCUCCGGGUUGCACGAAGAGUCCGAGUCAUUUCUCAGAAGGUUUUGAUAGGUGGGCCUUAGAGGAGACGCCGCCGAGCACCGCAAGAACUGGAAAACACACCCCUCUCUGUCUGCCUGGGAGAGCCACGGAAAUUGGCACUUCUCUGAGUGAAGCUGAGGAGAAGGCUGUAAAUCUGCCAAAACAGCCUUGAAGUAUUCUUUUGUCAUGAGGAAGUGAUGGCUGCUGGAGGGAGGUGAACACCAGGAGGAGAGAUGGCAUCUGGCCUGGGCCCCGCCUAGCAGCAGCUCCACCUCCUGGGCCAGGCCCUGCGGGAUGCGUCACUAGACCACCAUGGACGGAGCCCACAGCGCAGCCCUGCAGCUGCAGCAGCUGCCUCCCACAAGCAGCUCCAGUGCUGUGAGCGAGGCCUCCUUCUCCUACAAGGAAAACCUGAUCGGCGCCCUCUUGGCGAUCUUCGGGCACCUCGUGGUCAGCAUUGCACUUAACCUCCAGAAGUACUGCCACAUCCGCCUGGCAGGCUCCAAGGAUCCCCGGGCCUAUUUCAAGACCAAGACAUGGUGGCUCGGCCUGUUCCUGAUGCUUCUGGGAGAGCUGGGUGUGUUCGCCUCCUACGCCUUCGCGCCGCUGUCACUCAUCGUGCCCCUCAGCGCAGUCUCUGUGAUAGCUAGUGCCAUCAUAGGAAUCAUAUUCAUCAAGGAAAAGUGGAAACCGAAAGACUUUCUGAGGCGCUACGUCUUGUCCUUUGUUGGCUGCGGUUUGGCUGUCGUGGGCACCUACCUGCUGGUGACAUUCGCACCCAACAGUCACGAGAAGAUGACAGGCGAGAAUGUCACCAGGCACCUCGUGAGCUGGCCUUUCCUUUUGUACAUGCUGGUGGAGAUCAUUCUGUUCUGCUUGCUGCUCUACUUCUACAAGGAGAGGAACGCCAACAACAUUGUCGUGAUUCUUCUCUUGGUGGCGUUACUUGGCUCCAUGACAGUGGUGACAGUCAAGGCCGUGGCUGGGAUGCUUGUCUUGUCCAUUCAAGGGAACCUGCAGCUUGACUACCCCAUCUUCUACGUGAUGUUCGUGUGCAUGGUGGCAACUGCCGUCUAUCAGGCUGCGUUUUUGAGUCAAGCCUCACAGAUGUAUGAUUCCUCUUUGAUUGCCAGUGUGGGCUACAUUCUAUCCACAACCAUUGCUAUCACAGCAGGUGCAAUAUUUUACCUGGACUUCAUCGGGGAGGACGUGCUGCACAUCUGCAUGUUUGCACUGGGGUGCCUCAUCGCGUUCUUGGGCGUCUUCUUAAUCACGCGUAACAGGAAGAAGGCCAUUCCAUUUGAGCCCUAUAUUUCCAUGGAUGCCAUGCCAGGUAUGCAGAACAUGCACGAUAAAGGGAUGACUGUCCAGCCUGACCUCAAAGCUUCUUUUUCCUAUGGGGCUCUGGAAAACAAUGACAACAUUUCUGAGAUCUACGCUCCUGCCACACUGCCAGUCAUGCAAGAAGAGCACGGCUCCAGAAGUGCCUCUGGGGUCCCCUACCGAGUCCUAGAGCACACCAAGAAGGAAUGAGACUCGCCUCCCUCUAUUUAUAACUGUCCCCGCCAGGCUGACAGUGGUUCAACCCUGAAUCCUAAAACUUGCCUUUCAAGUCUCAUUUUGUUUUUAACUGAGAACUCUAUGGAUGAUGAUCUCAAAAAGCCUUUGUCUCUGGGAAAGGAUCCGUUAUCUUGGUCUUGGAAAUUUCAAAUGAUGAGGGUAGGGGGAUGGAAGCAUUAUUCCAGGUGGGCGGGAUAGAAUCCAACCUCUGCCUGGAUUAGCCCAGCGGGAUUUGGAAAGCCUUUCUACCAUCCUUGAGGAUGGUAACUGAGCUUCCUCCGACAGUGACCAAAGGAUGCUGUAUCCUUCAGAGCUAAGACAAGACAGAGAGUCUGCUGUUAAUUCUCAAAUCCAGCAAAAGCCUGGACACCUCUAAAUCUCGUCUUCCUCCACCUCACGUGCAUGCUGAUCUCACCCCGACACUCCUGAUGCCGUAUCUGUGAUAGCACUCGCGUUGCCUUCACAUGGCAGGCUGGGCCAACCCUGGGUGGAAGGUUCUGACAUUUGUGUUUCAGAAAUGUACAUCUGCCUUCCAGUCAUCUGUGCCCUUCUAGGGAAGAUGUGCUUGAUAUGUUCAAAUUGGAUCUACUCUGAAAACGCAUUUGGUUUUGGUCCUGUGAGGACUACUUGUUUGUCUGCCUCCUGCCCCCAAAGGAAUUAGGAAGUUAAGGGAAGGGGAAGAAUACGGAGGAUAGGAGAGGGUGAUGAUGCUUCAGCCCAUUAAGGAAGAAAAGUCCCCCUUACUCUUACAAAAGGUGAUUGCACCACUUAAAAAAGGAUAGGUAGAAUAUCUGGCCAUUUUAUGUGUUUUUUUUCCCCCUGCAUACCAGUGCCCCCCUGGAAAGAUGGGGAUGCUCAUUUCAGAGACAGCCUCUUCACCUGUCCUCCGUCUCUCCGUUACAGAGCCACAAGCCAAGCUCGAGUUACUGGUUAAUUUCCUUGAAGUCAAUAGAGACUCUCUGGGUCCUCAUCCCCACGCAUAUAUGUCUGGGAGGAGCAAGCAUUCUCAAAAACAGGGCUGUUGCUUUCUUCCUGGCUGCAUAUGUGACUGUCUCCCCCUAGACUGAUGGUAUACUUUUGAGAGGGGCAGAUAAAGGUUUGCAAACUUUAAUGGGCAUUAGGAUCCCCUAGAAGUGUGUGUAACAUGCAGAUUCCUGCACCCCAGCUGCAGACACUGUUGAAUGGGACUGGAGUGGGGCCCACGGGUCUGCAUUCUUAACUGGUACCACCAGUGAUUCUGAUGCGAUGCUGCAAUCCCGAGAUUUCACAUCUGGAAAGCUUAAGAAUUUACAAAGAUGUUCUGCUCAAACCCCCAGGGCCCCAUGCAGUCUUGCUAGAAAGUUUCCUCACUAGGGUUCCUUUGCAAGGUUAAAUAAUCCCCAUAGGAUCUGUGGCAUUUCUCCAUCCAAUGAAUACUACUUAGAGCUACACUCACCACUUCCCUAGACAGCCUUUAAUAGGCAUGAUAACAGUGUUAAUAGACCAGUGUGAUAGAUCACUUAUCUUUAUGGAUUGUGCUUAAUACUGAUUUAGUAUCUUGACUUCAAAAACUGACAUCUGUUGUCUGUGAUAACCACUUCUGUAUUGUGUGGUCUUAACUGCCUAAGGCGGCAACGGGCAGUGGGCUCCUUUCCCUUAGGAUGGGUAUCAACUCAAUUCAACAAUAUUUAUAAGGCAUUUACUAUGUGCUAAGCAUUUGGAAGACCCAAGCUACAAAGAUAAGACAUAGUUCCUGUCCUCCAGGCCAGCAGAGGGAGGCACAAAUACCCAGGAAUCUCUGAGGGGUGUGAAGUGCAGUGGUGGCCACAGAAAAUGACCAUCAUGGAGACCCCGCUAAAGGUCGGACCGUGAGCCCAAAGGGGUAUUCAGAAGUGGAGAUGAUUUUGGCCCCACUCAUAGAUGGGCAGCAAAUCUAAGAUUUGUAUAAAGCAUAUGAAAGUAGGGUGAUCACCCCCAAGGCAGAGGGGCCAGCAUUUGCAAAGGCACAGAGGUAAAGGAGCUGGGCAAAGAAAGGAGAGCCAGGGAAGGUGGUGGGAGAUGAGUCUCAAAGCUAAGUAGUGGAAGCUGGGCACAGUGGCUCAUGCCUGUAAUCCUAGCACUUUGGGAGGCAAAGGCUGGAGGAUCACUUGAGCCCAGGAGUUUAUAUCAGCCUGGGCAACGUAGCAAGACCUCAUCUCUGCUAAAAAUUUAAAAAAUUAGCUGGGUGUGGUGGUGCAUGCCUGUGAUCCCAGCUACUCAGGAGGCUGAGGUGGGAGGAUCGCUAGAGCCCAGAAAGCCAAGGCUACAGUGAGCCAUGAUCACGCUAUUGCACUCCAACCUGGGUGACAAUGAGACCAUGUCUCAAAAAAAAAAAGAUAAGCAGUGGAGGCCGAAUCAUGGAGGGUCUUGAAUACCUGGCCUAAGGAGUUUAAAGUGUAUCUGAGAGGACAUGGGAGCCACUGAUGGUUCAUGAGGAAGAGAAGGGCAGGAUCAGCACUGAUUGAAAAGGAGGGCUUGUUCAGUGUGGAGGAAGAAUCAGAAGGGGGAAUAAGUUACCUUCUCCGAGCCCGCAAGAACAAAAAACAAAAAGCGGAAAUUAAAAUCAGGUUUCACUGCUAUUUAUAUAUUCCUCCUUUCCCAAAUGAUUUUUCUAAAGCUGGGAGUGGAGGCAGGAGGGAGAAAGAAAAGGUGAGCAGGGAGGCUAUUUAGAUGGGUCAAACCCAGGUGAUCAGUAAUAAUUUGGGCAUAUAUAUGCUCCCAAACUUACUCUGCCCCCCUCCUUCCCCUUUUUCUUUUGGGGGGGGGGGUAUGGGCCUUUUAGCCUUGGGCCAGCCAGCUUUCUUGAGAUGAGUGAAUAAAAGUGCAUUGUAAUUUCAGGUCUGCUUCAGAUCAUGGGGACAGUGCCACCCAGGAACUGCUGCUGAGGCCUGGGAAGCUCCCUUGCCUUCGGGUUUGGAGCAGUGGCGUCAUCGCACCAAUCUGAGCCAUGAAAGGGCUGAGCAGAAAGUUAAAUGGUGGUUUCCUGAGUGGAAGCCACACGUAGGUCACUUGAGUAGUCAGGAAGCACAGUGGGUGUGGAGCCAUCAUCUGUCUUGGGCUAGUUCCUCCCAAUCUUUGUCCCGUGGUAUAAAUGGACUGUCUGCUGAUGGCCAUACGCAGCACUGGCUGUUAGGAUGGGGAAGGGGUACACCAGGCUUCCACUCAUAGCCCUGGUUCAUUAUUGUUACUCAUGGCUCUGACGUCCCCAAGCCCUCUUGAAUGUUGCAAGCAAUGUUAAAUAUCACACCUCGGACCCUUCCGAGCAGCCCAGGUACCUAAAGCAAGGUCACCAAACUUGGGUUUAAACUUCAGUUGCCAUCACAUCGGGGUUUAGGUUAUGCAGUUUUUGCUGUGUGGAGUUGAACGCUGGGUAAAGAUGGGAGAGCUGACUCUCCAUUGCUUUUCUAGUGGAAACCAGCCAGUUUGAUGGCGCGGUGCGGAUACAGGACUCCAUCAGGCUAGUGUUGGGGAACCAGCCCGGCAGCCUUCCAUGUGAAUUCCAAAGCUGUUCCAACACUGGCUGAUAGGCAGACAAAAGGUUACUUGUGUGUCUGAGAAGCGAUGUAAGUGAAGUCACCUUAGAAUAUAUUCUGUGCGGAUGCUUAUAUUUUGUUAACUUCACGACUUAUGGCAUGUCUUAUUUUUCAAAAAAAAAAAAAAGUACUAGGUGCGAAUAACAUUAUGAAGUGGUAUUUAAUUAAAAAUCCAUGCAGUGA